AUGAGCUACUACUACGGCAACUACUACGGUGGCCUGGGCUAUGGCCUGGGUGGCUUUGGUGGCCUGGGCUAUGGCUAUGGUUCCGGCUAUGGCCUUGGGGGCUAUGGUGGUUAUGGUUAUGGCUACUACCGCCCCUCUUUCUAUGGCAGAUACUGGUCCUCUGGAUUUUACUGA